UUUUUGAAGAAAACACAAAAUAAAUUUAUUAAAGAAUAACGGUGUUUAUGUGUAUUUGACUUUGUCAUUCAUAACGGCAUAUCAUAUCUCAUGCAUUGAACGCUGGUGUAUUGUCAACUUGUGCUCAUACGCUCACAGAAAUUUUGCAUCAUACACAUGUAUAUUUAGUGCUUAAAAAUGGCGAUGAAAAUGAACCAAGUGCAGGAUGACAUUGUUCGCAGAGUGAUUGGACUACUGGCAUCACAACCUAACAACGUGAUAGGAUUGGCAGAUUUGCAUGCUUACUUCAAAUCAGUCAUGAAGAAAAAACAACUUGAACUACUUCUAAGAAACUAUGCCGAUCAGUUUGAGUUGUUUGAAGAUGGAGUUUUAUUUGUUCGUCUUGUUAUCAAAGUUACGUUAUGUGAAAUGCAUUGUUCAAAACAGACUUGUCCCGGAAAAAUGCCAUUCUGCACAGGCUUACAUGUCUGUAAGUUUUUUAUUUUAUCUGGAAACUGCAAAUUCAGUUCUUGUCAUUUUGGUCAUGACCUAACAACUUCUCACAACAUGGAAGUUUUGAGAGAACACUUACUGGAUCAGUUACCAAUGUCUCUUGUAAAAGAUCUCCUGAAACAUUCCGACACCCGAAACGCUGCAACCAUUCCAAAGAUCUGUAAGUUUUACAACGUGGGGGUAGGAUGUAGGAAUGAUGAAGCCGGAAAACCAUGCCCACAUCUGCAUGUAUGUAAACACUACCUUACAGGCACUUGUAGGUUCGGAAAACACUGCAGGAGAAGCCAUAACAUCCUUGAAGGUACAGUAAGGAGUAUCUUGGAGAAGCAUGGAAUUAGUACGAAAAGAACGCCAAAGGAGUUGUUAGCGGAACUCAGAGAAAUAAUGCAGUCAGAUGACGGGAGUGACUGGGGGAGUGUUGAAUCUGCUCCUGAACCGAUGUUUGCAAGAGGCAGGCCACCGCCAGGCAAACUGAUACGAGCGAUGUCAGACAUGACUAUUCAGGACAGUGGGGGCGUGGCCACUUCUAGGAGACCACCAAUGUCUCCUGCAUAUAUUGGCGGAGCCGCAGCUGUCACGCCUGGGAGACGAACCCCAAGGUCUGCGACUCCAAAGACACCAACCAGAACCAUACGAUCUCCGAGUCCAGGGAUGCCUUUAAAUUUCCGUAGGGGUAGCCCGAGUCCUGUUGGCAGAAUGAGGCAGCCGAAAUCAGAUAAGGUGUCAGAAUCUGCAGCAGACAACAUUCUUAACAAGAAGAUAUGUAUUUACCACUUGAAGAGUCGAUGCUCGUACGGGGCACAAUGUUUCAAUUACCACUGUGAAUUACCGUACCAGUGGGUUUACCGAUUUGAUGACAGUGCUAAUUGGGAAACAGUUGAACCCGAGGAAAACAUUUGUAUGGAACUGCAAUAUGUUGAUCCAGCCAACGAUGAAUACUUUCUGUUUAUUGAUGGCGUGUCAGUGCAACUUAAGUUCAAGACCAUGAAAGCACAGGGUGGAGACAAGCACCUGACAUUCUUUCGGUUGUCAACGGAGACAUCGGCCAUUUUGGAUACACAGCCCCUAGCAACCAGUUGGGAGUGGUUUUGGAAGGGACAGAUGGGGGAUUGGAAGAAAUAUGGUGAUGAUGCAGAUGGAUACCAUUCCACAAUCUCAAGCCAGGACCUAGAACAAGCUUACAUCUCAAACCCCGAUGGUCAGCUUAAGUUUAGUACUCAAGGCCAUGAGUAUAUACUAGACUUUGUAAAAAUGGUGCAGUGUAACCUUCACUACAAAACGGAGCGAGAAGUAACUAGACGACCAAAAUUCAUUUCAAAACAUGAGUUUGAAAUGCGCAAGAAACAACAAGUAAUACAGAAGUCUGCAGGAGCUGCUACAUCAGAGUUUGUCCCUGUCGCUCCGCCACACUGGAAUCUGAGACCAACCGAUGAACUGUUGAGCCAUUGUAGGCUCGUUCUUCUAGAUGAGCGGAAACCAAGUAUGAAGACCGAGUACAAUAAGAUUGAAAACAUGUUUUCUGCGACCAUGCCUAGUACGGUGACCAUUGUGUCGAUCUCCAGGGUGGAAAAUGGUGACCUUUGGCAUAACUAUCUGAGUAAAAAAGCUAAACUGAAGAAGCGGAACAAGGGCGUAGAUGUGGAGGAGAGACAACUCUUCCACGGCACCAAGAACGACACUAUGGAAGCCAUCUACAGACAAGGGUUUGACUUCAGGUUGAGUGGAACUGCUUCAGGUACAGCUCAUGGAAAAGGCAGCUACUUCGCAACCACUGCCAAGUACUCUGACUGCUACACAGACAGACAGAGGGGAACCAUGGUGAUGUUCAUUGCUAAGGUACUAGUGGGAGAUUACACAAAGGGAGAUAAAUCAUACACCAGACCCCCACAGAAAGACCCCCGUGAUCUGUCGAGUCCUUUGUACGACUCUUGCGUUGAUAGUGUUACAGAUCCAAAGAUUUUUGUUAUCUUCGAACUUGGUCAGGUGUACCCAGAAUACUUGAUAAAAUACAAGUAUGAUUUCUGAGUGAAAAAAAGUAUUAAUUUCAUUUUUACCACAUAUUUUAUCUCAAAUUAGAAUGUCAGUGUCAUUUUGGCAUUGCCUUGUGACUCUAAACAGGAUUUAUUUUUGAAUAUUCGACUACUGGGCUUGUCCCUGUAGUUUUCACUGUUUUAUUGUUUAUGUUUUUCAUACUUUAUGAUUCGUCAAUCGGCUGUAUAGUGCGCGUCCAAGUUUUGUUGAAUUUUUGUUAAGAUUUUAGUUGUACAUCAUAUAAAAUAUGAGUUAUACAUAUUUGAUAAAGAUUAAAUGGCAACAAGCAGAAAUUGAUGUAAUUAUAAAUAAUUGAUAUAACAUCAUAGUUUCCUUUAACAGAAAGUAGAUUGAGGAAUACUCAUAUUGUGACAUGUAUGUCAUGUGCCUUAGAAUAUUUACAUUUAUUACAUGCUCUCCGGUGAUAUAUAAGAUUAAUCAGUGAAAUAAAAAUUCUUAUUUCAUUAUUUCAAACAGUGAAAUUCAAAGAGUGAAAUAACAAUUUGAAAUUCUUCAGUGUUUUGAAAUUUAAGCCGCUCUCACCUCAAAAUCAACUGUCAGCGAAUAAGGUUUAGACACAAUUUCAGCCAUGUCAUCUGAAAUGACAUUGCUUGCAUUCAAUUUGGAGCGUUCUUCUGCAAAAAUACAAUUAAAUGUCAUUUGGUAGCCCUUUCAGGCUUGUAAUAUAAAAUAAUUGUUAGUUUCAGUGUAAGAUCGUAAUGUAUUUCAUCUCGUGAUCACCAAAAAGAAAUAUUAAUUAUAUGCUUUCUGGUGGUUUAUAGGGAUUUAUCAGUGAAAUAAAAAUGGCAUUUCGCUGUUCGCUGUUCCAAACGCUGAAAAUUUAGCCAGCUUUCAAUUCCAAAUCAAACAUCAGCGGUCAUGGGGCUGUGAAACGAAAAUAUGUACUGUUCGCAUAUAAAAUGGAGUGCUUUGCUGAAAAACUACAGUAAACUGUCAUUUAAAAUCAUUUUAAGGCAUAAAAUGAAAAGAAAAAAUGUUUGUUUCAGUGUAAGAUCACAAUAUAUUUCACCUCAUGAAUAUAAAAAUUAAAUAUUUUAAUAUUGGCUAUGCCACUUGUGAAAUAUAGCUUUUGGUGCUCACUCGGUGAAAUAUAUUAUGAUCUUAUACUAACACAAACAAUUAGCCUCUAUAUCACUUGUCGUUACGCCACUCAUGACAUUUAAAAAAAAAAUGCUCACUCAGUGAAAUAUAUUAUGAUCUUACACUGAAGCAAACAAUAAUCCUCUAUUUUUUGUAUAUACCGGUAAAACAUAUUUGAAGUCAUGCCCAAAACAUAGAUUCUAACUUAGUAAAUGUUUGAUGUAUUUCUGCUUGUUGCUGUUCAAUUAUUUAAUAAUAUAUACAUAUGCUAGCCUAUCCUUGUGUGUAUAAUAUCUAAAUGUGCAAUAUUUAUAUAUAGGUUAACAAAUGGCACUGAAUAUGUCAUUGAUUGAGACACAUUAUUUAAAGCCAGGUAUAUCAGUAAUGAAAUGUAUGUAUUCCAUUGAUUCAGCCAUAAUUUGUUUUAAAGCCAGGUAUACAAAUAGCUCUAUAUAUAUGAAAAAUGGGUGAAAGUGUUUUUUUCUGGUGUAAGGGGUCGUUUUUCCAAACGCGUAAAUCCAUUCAGAUGUUCAGAGGGUGGAAAUGGAUAUUAAGUUAUUUUAAUGUGUUAAUCAAUGAUUUGUUUUAAGCUAAGGUACGAAUUAUCAUCUAGUCAUACUUAAGAACAGGCUUGAUUCUAAUUUCAAAGUCAAUUUAUUCUCAGGAAAGACAAUUUUCACCACUCUUUGAAAUCUUAAAUUCUCAUGAGUUUCCUUGGACCCAGAAGUUUUUUCAUGUUUUUUUCAAUUGUUUCAACUUUCACCCAUGAUAUGAUCAAUUUAGUUAUAUUGUACAAUACCAGAUAUGCAUAAACACCACAUAUUUCAUUGAUUAUAUUGUAUCUUAUAAUACAUGGUUUGCAUUUAACACAAUGUAUAUAAUUCAUUUUGUCAUAUUUUAAAAUACCAGGUAUGCAAAUGACACAAUGUAAAUCAUUGAUUUUAUUAUAUUGUGUAAUACCAGGUAUGUAAAUAACAACUCAUCAAUCAUUGGUUUUGUCAUAUUGUAAAAUACCAGGUUUGCAAAUGAAACCAUGUGCAUCAUUGAUUUUUUCAUUUUGUAAAAUACCAGGCAUGCAAAAAACACCAUGUAUGUAAUGUUUCUGUCAUAUGGUUCAAUACUAGUUGUUGACUUCAUAUGUAUUAUUUAACUGUUUGUGUUUGAUCCAUUAUCAUUUUGGUACCAAACCAUUGGGUGAUUGUUGUCAAUGUUGUUUCUGAUGUUCCUAAUAUGAUGUUGCCACUGCCUUGAUGUCUGGGUCUGCAGCGUUGUGCAAAAACUUGGCCAUGGUUAUUACUAAAAAAACCUGAAAAAAAACUUGGUAUACAUGCAUGUUGCCGGAGAAAAUGAAGGCACAUGUUCAGCUAUGCCAAUUACUCUGGCAUUGAAAGUUGUUGAGUAAUGUAUUUUUACCUAAAAAAACACAGAUGAGCAUUAAUGUCCGAUCUCUGGCGCUUAUUUUUGAUAUUGUAAUUGUGUUUGUGAAAUGUAGCUUAAUAUAACAUUCUGUAUGUUUCACUCUGUCUUAUAAAUUUGUUAUUAUUUACUAUUUCAAGUGCCUAUGUACUAAUCAGUGCUCUUAGCAGUUUUAUUUUAUUUUAGAGUAAUAUCAUAACUGCAUAGAUAUUGAUCAUGAAAUGUGUUAGUGUUAAGGUACAUUCCACAGUGCUAAAGUGGGUGGGGAAGGCCAAAAAUUAAACCUCCUUCAAACGUUCUGUUUAUUUUUGAAGAACACCUUUUUUAAAGAGAAAAACAUUCAUCAUUUGCAACAUAGUGAGAAGCCAACAAAUUUUUAUCAAAAUCUUUUGGCUUUUAGCCUUACAAUAUAUAUGUAAAUAUAGUUUGUGUCGAAAUGCUGCAGUGGUUUCUUGACUGAUAUAUUUCCAUUAAAACAAUUAUUUUUAGCUCUACUGGCCAAAGGCCAGAAGAGCUUAUGCGAUGGUAAUGUGUACGUAGUAUGUGCAUCCGUGCGGUCGUGCGUUCGUGCAUCUGUAAACAAUUGCUUGUGAACACGAUACAGUCUUCAGUUUUGAUUGUAUCUCGAUGAAACUUGUACAGUAUUUAGAUAUCCAUUAGAGCUGGGUUCCUUUCGAAAACCAGCCAGAUCCGCCCAUGCAUGCCUAGAUUAUGGCCCUUGAUAGUAUAAAAAAAUGCUAUUGUGUAAACAAUUGGUCGUAAACAAUUUGUUGUGAACACGAUACAGUCUUCAGUUUUUAUUGUAUCUCAAUGAAACUUAUACAGUAUCUAGAUAUCCAUUAGAGCUCGGGUCCUUUCGAAAACCAGCCAGAUCCGCCCAUGAAUGCCUAGAUUAUGGGCCAUGAAAGUUUUAAAGAAAUGCUCUCUAUUUUUAGCCAGGUCUGCAUGAGCGAAUUCUAUUUUUAGCCAAGUUUAUAUGUACAUGUAAAUUCAAGUCUAGAGUUAAGGGAGACAAUUUGCAAGUCUAGGAUUUUGAGAGACAAUUUGCUUUUUGCUUCUGCAGCUGAUUUUGUGAAUUACUCUGCCUUGUUCUUGUUGAAAGCCCAAAGGCCAUUUUUUAGCUUUAAGUUCUGUAGUUUGCACAUUCAUCUUAACAAAAUUGGUUGUGAAUGUUUAAGUUAUGCACCUGGUGUCAUUACUGGCCACACCCAGGGUUCACAGGUUUGGUAAACAUAAAUCUGGAAAGGUUUGAAAAUCUUUUUGUGUGUUCGUGCAUCCAUCUCAGCACAAUUGAUUGUGAAUGUUUGUUCAAAUUGAUCAAUGUUGUCCUAGGAUGCCCUUGACUUUUGAAAGCAUUUUUUUUUUGUCAGAUGACUUUUACUUGGCACAUAUUAAAAUAGUUCAUGGAACUAAUCUGCUUACAAUACUUUCUGGGCUCAGAUGUUGAACAUGCUACGUUUUCAGGUAAGCCAAACACAAAACAUAAACCAUAUGUCUGUUGCCUUUUACCCAUACAUACAUGCUCUGGAUUGAUAUGACCACAAAAGCCAUGCCAGUAGAGCAUAGGCCCUUUUGGGCCUCUUGUUUAUUAAUAUAGUGAAUGAAGUUCAUAUCCUGAUUUAAAAAAUGCAAAAUAUAUUUUUCUUAAUAUCAGAAAUCACCAAAAGCCACAAUUUAUUGUUGAUUGGGCAGUAUUGAAUAAUUUGACUGAAAACAUAUUCAAUUUGACAAAAAUAGGAUAAUUUCAAAUGCCUUUUUAUCCAAAAUGUGAUAAAAUCUUCUUUCAUAAAACUUGCCCAACUUCUUAUUCCACCCACUCAUGUUGCAAAUGUUAUAUGUAGUAUGCUUGUUAAAUGUUGAACCUUUAAACUAAAUAAAAUAUUAAAUUUUGAAACAUUCCAUGUGUUGGGCCUUUAAACUAAAUAUUGCAUUGUUGAAGGCCUAAGUGCCAGCUAAUAGUUUGCUAAGUGUUUAAUUUCAAUUGCCAAUGUGUCUUAUUUACUUUUCAUGUGCCAUUUUGUUGUUGAUUCUAUAGACUUUUAUUUUUAGGUAGAGAAAUUAAGAUAACAAUAUCAUGAACAAUUAUGCUCAUAUCUGUUUUUUAACUUAUAGAUUAUUUUUAUGUUUUAUUAGAUUUUAAUACAUUAAACGGAUUGUGUUUUAAGCUCACCUGAGCACAAAGUGCACAAUAACACUAACUCUUGCUAUUUUAGUUAAAGAGUAAUUGCACUUUGUUGAUUUUCAUGCUGAAAAUUUUGUCCAGGCAAAUCUUGAAGAAUAUAUGAGGCAUUAACUUGAAACUUCAUAGCUAAAUAGAUCUCAUUGAGGGCAAGUGCAGUGCAUAAGAACCGUAACGCUUGCACCUAUAUGUUGAGAGUUAUUGCUUUGUUAAUGUUCAAGCUUAAAUUUUGAUAGGGGCAUAUAUCGUAAACUAUCAGAGGUAUCAACCUGAAACUUAAUAGGUAGAUAGAUCUCAUUGAGGGCAAGUGCAAUGCACAAGAACCGUAACUCUUGAUUUCAUAUUUUUAGAGUUAUUGCCCUUUGUUAAUUUUCGUUGUUAAUUUUUGUCCGGCUUAACGUUGUUACCUUCAGUUCAAAUGCCACCUACGCUUGAAAGUUAAAUGGCAACAUCAUUGUCUAUAAAUGAAUAAAAUGCUAAUCUAACAGCUAUAAUGUCGACAGUAAAUAAUUCGUCAGACGACACAUCCGACUCCGGGAGUUCUAGUCGUUAUAAUUUAUCUAUAUGGAAAACUUAUAUAAAUAUUCUAUUCAGAAACUAUUGGCCUGAUUUUAGAAUAAUUUGACAUAUUGUUCCCAAGGUGACUCUCUGUCAAAUUCAAAAGAGGUGUUAUAUUGCUUUGCACAUAGCAGGCGGUCUGUCCUUCGGUAGGCCAAAGCAUGCCCGAGUGAUAACUCGACAAUUUCUGGACCUAUUGUCAUCAAACUUGACAUGAAGGUUGGGCCUGACCAGUAGGUGAUCCCUAUUGAUUUAGGGGAUCAUCGGUUCAAAGGUCAAUGUCAAAUUGACCUUGAAUGCUAAAAGGUUGUCUGAGUGAUAACUCGACCAUGCCUGCACCCAGGGCCCUCAACUUGACUUGGACAUUGGGCCUAACCAGUAGAUGACCCUUGUUUAUUUUAUGGGUCAAAGGUCAAUGUCACAGUGACAUUGAACGCAAACUCGAUAGUUCAUAGACAUAUGACCCUCAAACUUGACUUGGAGGUCGGGCCUGGCCAGAAGAUAACCCCUAUUGAUUUAAGGAGUCAUCAGUUUAAGGUCACAGUGACCUUGAAUGUGAAAAGAUUGACAAAGCUUCUUCAAGAGAUAACUCAACAAUGCCUUGACCUAUGGUCAUCCAACAUUACAAAGAGGCUGGGCCUGACCAGCAGAUGACCCCUAUUGAUUUAGGGGUCAAAGGUCAAAGUGACCUUGAAUGCGAACAGGUUGUUUGCUUGAUAUCUCGACAAUGCCUGCAUCCAUGGCCCUAAAACUUGACAUUAAAGUUGGGGGUGAGUCCUAAGGAUUUUGAGGUCAUUGUUGUCUGCAAAUAUCAGUCGUCAUCUGAACAUGAAUAUAAAAUGCUGAACAUAAUUAAAAACUGUACCUGCUAUCCUCACACUUCUAAUGGUCACAAUCUUAAAACUGCCUUAAAGGCAAGUGAGGCCUGCAGGCGGGUAGGCAUUUGAUUGGGCGGCUUUAAGUACGUUGUCCGAUCUAUAACCUUAGAACUCUUUAUCCAAUCGGAUGAGCGAUAUAGGACUAUCUUGGCCCUUUUGUUUGUUUGAUGUUUUUUUCAUGUAUGUUGGUUAUUUACCACAAUUAUGGCUAAAGUAAAGCAAAUAUAUCAAUGUGAUUGUUUUUAUGUUGAUUUGUGACACAACUAGUGGGUUUUUUUAUCCUUGAUGAUUCCAUAUAAUUGUUUGAGAAUCGUUUAUCACAGCAUUUUUGUAUUGUUCUCCACAUACAUUCCUUGUGUUGUUUUGCCUAUCACAAUUUCGUUCAAUUAGAAUCAAAGCAAACAAAAAAACAUGAGUAUGAUUUAUCUGCUUAGACAAAGAGAUACAAAUUAUUAUGAACAUGAUAAAAUCAUAUUUAUAACUAAAUUGUGGCAUGACAUAAAAUACUGUAUUGGCAAAGGUCGCUAGCAGUACACUUUAUUUGCUAAUGUCACUAGCAGUACAUUUAAUUGGCUAGGGUUACUCUACUAGCAGUUCACUUUAUUGGCAUAUGUCACUAGUAGUUCACUUUAUAGGUUUUAAUUGUUUGGCUACAUUCAAUAUCAGUACACUAUUUGGCUUAUACAUUGAAUUGACAUAUACAGUGAUGAUAAAAAUGGUCACUUUUUCACAUUGAAUUGCUUUUUAAGUAAAACAAAUAAAUUUAAGCUUUUAAGCAUUGUAAUUGCCAUAGAAACUAGUUUUAAAUCUAUGAUGUUCUUCUUUGUUAAUGAGUUGAAAAUAAUGUUUAUAUACUGUUUUUAUUGUAGGCGGUAGUGGCCAUUGAGUGUUAUAUUUUUAAAAUUUGAACUUGUUGUUAAUGCUUUGGAAGUGAAAAUAAAAUAUAAACAUUGA